CUCACAUAUUUUAAUAUAUUAAAAUCGUCGUUUGGUAGCUUUUGUUAGACUAAUCAAAAUUCAAAAUUCUCCAGGAUGACGACCCAUUUUUACUACCCAAAUAAGGAGCUGCAGGAGGAGCUGACCUGCAUCUCCAAGGCUCUGGUGGCUCCUGGUAAAGGCGUCCUGGCUGCCGACGAGUCCAGUGCGGUGAUGGGAAAGCGGUUUCAGCUGAUCGGAGUGGAGAACACGGAGGAGAACCGCCGGAUAUAUCGCCAAAUGUUGUUCACCACCGACCCCAAGAUAGCGGAGAAUAUAUCCGGGGUGAUAUUAUACCACGAAACACUGCAUCAGCGCACGGAUGACGGGUUGCCCUUUGUGGAGGCUCUUAGAAAGAAGGGAAUCCUGACUGGAAUCAAGGUGGACAAGCACUUUUCACCGCUCUUUGGCUCCGAGGACGAGUUCACCACCCAGGGACUGGAUGACCUGGCCAAUCGAUGUGCUCAGUACAAAAAAGAAGGCUGUAGCUUCGCCAAGUGGCGGUGCAUUCUUAAGAUCACAAAGAACACUCCAUCACCACAGGCCAUUUUGGAAAAUGCCAAUGUGAUGGCUCGAUAUGCGGCCAUUUGCCAAUCGCAGCGUUUAGUGCCAAUUAUCAGCCCCGAGGUUUUGCCCACCGGAGAUCAUGACCUCGAUCGCUGCCAGAAGGUCUACGAAACUCUCUUGGCUGGAGUCUACAAAGCUCUCAGCGAUCACCAUGUUUUUCUUGAGGGAACCCUUUUACAACCGAGUAUGGUGUUGCCUGGUCUUCAAAGUAACAAGAACCAUCCAGCAGCUGAUAUUGGAUUGGCCACUGUUCUCUCAAUCAGGAGAACUGUUCCUCCGGCGGUUAUGGGAGUCCUUUUUUGUAGCGGAGCACAAUCGGAGGAAGAGGCCACGGUCCACUUAAAUGCCAUAAACAAUGUGCCCUUGUGCAAGCCCUGGGCCAUGACUUUCGCUUUCGAUCGGGCUCUUCAAACCUCAAUUCUGCGAACUUGGGGUGGCAAAAAGGAGCAGAUUAGCCAUGCUCAAAACGAGCUAAUCAAGCGCUGCAGGGCUAAUGGUCUUGCCAGCAUUGGAAAAUAUAUACUUGGCUCCGUGGAAAGCUCAGCGGCUACCGAAAGACUCAUCCAAGAAGCCGUCGAAUUCUAAAAACACCAUCCUCAUUUUGUUUGGGUAUUUAAAUCUAUAAAAAAAAAUUAUAUUACAAACAAAAAUGUAUAACAUAA